UGUGAGUGAUUCUGUAGAACUGUAGGAGCAGUAUGAAUUCCAUCAAAUGUGUACUCGUUGGUGACGGAGCUGUCGGCAAAACAUGUCUGUUGAUGAGUUACGCGACCAACAAGUUUCCUCAAGACUACGUGCCCACAGUGUUCGACAACUACGCUGUUCAAGUGGUCAUUGAAGAUGAGCCAUUCAGUCUUGUUUUGUUUGACACGGCUGGACAAGAAGACUACGAUCGUUUGAGACCUCUUUCGUAUCCAAUGACUGACGUUUUCAUAAUCUGCUACUCUUCCGUCAGACCCUCUUCACUAUUCAACGUCAAAGAAAAGUGGGUUCCAGAGAUCAGAUACCACGCACCGUCGGCCCCAUUCAUCUUGUGCGCAACAAUGACAGACUUGCGAAACGAUCUGAGAGAGAUACAGCAGCUUGCCAAGAACAAAGAGAGACCCAUCUACACGGAAGUCGGUCAAAGGGUGGCCAAAGAACUGCAUGCAACAGCGUUCGUCGAGUGUUCGGCGUUGACGCAAAAGGGACUCAAGGAUGUAUUUGAUGAAGCCAUUCUUGCUGUAGUCAAUCCACCAGAGGAAACGAAACCGAAAAAGAGAAACAAGAAAUGUAGAAUUUUGUAACUACAAAUAGUUUUUACUAGUGUACUAGUAUUUGGUCAGAUGGCAUUAAUGAAUAUUGUUUGUGUAUGGAAUGAACUCUAUCUACAUAUACUGGUAUAUAUACGUACAUAAGAAAUCUAAAUAAAUUUCUUGUGUG